GAGAGAGAGAGAGAGAGAGAGAGAGAGAGAGAGAGAGAGAGAGAGAGAGAGAGAGAGAGAGGGCACGGGGUCGCGUCACGAAGACCAUGGGGAUAAAACAUCUUCUCCUGCUCCUGGUCUACUUGGACCCGCUCCACGUGCUGUGUGCCGCUGCGAACAAGAGAACCAAGCCGGCCCCCAAGCGGACCGCACGGCCCCGGGAGGUGAACAGCACCGGCGGGCCGGGCGCCCCCGCCCCGGGCCGGAUCCGGGUCACCCAGGUGCAGGCUCCGGCGGUCGGAGCGCACGACACGUGCUUGGGCUACUAUGACGUGAGUGGACAGCUGGACAAGGAGUUCGAGUGCAACAACACGGACCACCGCUACUGCUGCGGCAGCUGCUUCCUGCGCUUCUGCUGCGCAGACCAGGGGAAGCGCCUCGAGCAGAAGUACUGCACGAACUACAACACUCCAGACUGGAUAAAGACCCAGCCUCCCUCCCCCGCGCCCACGGGGGACACGUACGACCCGGAGCUAGACCAGACCAACACCACGGUGUACAUCUCGUGCGGCGUGGUGGCGCUCGUCAUAGCCAUCGGGAUCGGCGCCAAAGUUGCCUACGACAAGGCGACCAAACCGCCGCAGGAGAUGAACGUCCACAGAGCACUUGCAGACAUUUUGCGGCAACAAGGAACCAAUCCGACGUCUCUGCAUGAACAUGAGAACAUGGCAGAGUUGGAAGACUCGUCUAAAGACGAAACACCUGUGAGGAACUUCAAGAACCACUACACACCUGUCCAUAGCCACGCCCCAAACCAUGGGCACUAUGGCAAGGAGGCGUUGCGCGGGGCCCCGGACAUGCACAACUUUAUUUCUUCGGGCUUUGUGACGCUCGGACGGGGCCACCUGAAAGCACAGCACUCGGUGGAUGACCUGGGCCAUAUGUCGUGGCAGGGCGACCCAGAUGCCCCCAUCUCCUACGGUAACCACCAACAUGACUACCAGCACAGCCAUCUGGACCUGACCUCACCCAAGAUGGCCCACAGACAAAUGAGACACGAUCGCCCGCAGCGGGGGAACAACAUCCUGACGUCGGCGACAGAGCCCUACGACCUGUCACGCUCCUUCCAGAACCUCAGCCCCCCCCCCUCCUUCGAGCUGCCCCCCCUCAAGGCUGCGCUGAGUAAAUACUCCUCCUCCCUCCAUAGAUUAACGGAUAAGGACGUCGAGGACUACUACAUGAGGAAGCACCACGACCCGGGCCCCCGGGGGCCCACCCACAUGGUGAAGCUGAGCGACGAGCCGCCUCCCCGCCAGCGGCCGCGCCGGGUCCAGCGGGCCAUGUCCCAGGACCACGUGCUGUCCCCGCGCACGCCCCGGCGCAGCGCCGGCGGCGGGGGCGGCGGAGGGGGCGGGGACUACGGGCUGUCGGCCUACGGCGGCAUGGCGGCGGCCUACGGCAGACGGCACCUCUCGGAGGACCAGCUGCUGUCGGCCGAGCGGCUGCACUCCCAGGAGCCGCUGCUGCUGCUGUCGCCCACCAUGCGGCGCGACAAGUUCCGCGAGAAGGCCAUGGCGCGCGCCAUGUCCCACGCCGACAUGCUGAUGCCCACCACGCCCAAGGUGGACCGCCACGCCAAGAUGAUCAAGAUGCACUCGCACCCCACGCCGCGCGACUACAACACGCUGACCGUGGGCCACGACUACAACACGCUGACCGUUGGCCACGGCGGCGGCGGCGGCGGCGGUGGCGGUGGCGGUGGCGGCGGGCCGUCGUCCUCCAAGCGGCAGGCGUUCGCGUCGCGCAUGCACACGGUGGACCACCUGCAGUACGUCCCCGCGCCCCACAACUACCGCACCGCCAGUAAGAACGAGGUCACCGUCUAGCGUUGGCGGUUACCAUUGGUUACCCCUGGUUACCCCUGGUUACCUCCCUGGGAACCGUCGCACCUCGGCGCCGGUCACCCCCCUGCGCAAAACGGAAAGCCCUAGCGGCUGUUACCGUAGCAGCGGUAGACCUUAGCGAUGGUUGCCCCUGCAAUGGACAGCCCCUAGCAUCAGUUUCCAUAGUGACAGUCACCCUUAGCCAUGGUGACACUAGCGACCAUCACCCCCCUAGCGACGGUUUCCGUAGCGACGGUCACCCUUAAUAAUGUCGAUUCCAGCAACAUCAUUCAUAGCGAUGGUUUCCAUAGCGAUAGUCACUUUAGGGGCGAUGGUCACCCUAAGCAAUGGACAUCGCUAGCGAUCGCCACCCUGGGUAAUGUACACCUUCGGACAGAAAUCAUGGCGACGGUCUCUCCAGGCGACCGUCACCAUAGCACCGGUCGUCAUAGCAGCUGUCCCCCCCAAGAAACAGACAGCCAGACUUGCGGGUCUGCAUUGAACCCAGUCAAUCUCGCCCCGAGCGUACACAUCCAAACGCUUUAGGUUCUGUUCUCCUGUUAACCACUUCCUGUUUGUAGCAUUGGCUUCCUGUGUCACCAGGACGUAUCCUCUCUCCUGGAACGACUUAAGGGCUCUGUCUGCACGCUAUGUGCUGAAAGCCACGCAACCUACCGUGAACAAUAAACUGCGAUGAAAUAAACUGUUUUUUAAUCAUUUAAUACAGCGGAUGUGAGAUUCAAACUUAAAUUGUGAUCACUUUAUAUAACGAAGACUAUCUUUAGGGUUUAUACUGGGAGCUGUUGUCGGACUGAGAAGCUGAACUCUAAACUCUGAACUCUAUCGAUCAACAACGACCGCAUUCCAGUGGGUUUGUUUGUCGGUUAAAAAGCACAACUAUUUAAUUAUUCACUUGUUCUUUCUUUGUUUCUACUCGUGUCCUUUGAGCCAGAACAUAUCAGCUUAUUAGUGAGAAAACACAGGCUUCCCCUGGCAUUUAUUAAACCAUUGUAAAUAUGCUAUUUUAGCAGCUUUAGAUAUGAUAAAAGGUUACGUUUUGGACUCUUUUACUUUAUUUUUCAGUUUAUCUCAGUCGUAUGUUUUUGUGUGUGCGUCUGAUUCACAAAUCUUAUUUAAAAAUAUAUAUUUUAAAGUAAUUACAUGUGUGAGUACCAAUCAAAACUCCACGAUAAGUCGUCGAAGAUCGACAAGUAAACAUGAUAUAUAGGCAAAGCAAAAUAUGUGAAGGAGGCGUUGUGUUCAGUUGAAUUAUCCAUCUUCCUGUGGUCUAACAGCAGCUUCGAACAUCAACACCACACCCUAUUUGAACAUUGAGACAUUUCCUUUCACAUUUGAAUUCAUAUUCGGAUCAUACGAUUUUACCAAACUAAAAGAGCACUUUCAGGAACAGCACUGCCUCUGGUGAGAUAUAUGAACUGCAAUCGCUGUUUGGGCUUGUUCAACCUGGUGAUGUCAGAAUGCGAUGGAAACCUGAGAGAUGUAAUCUGGGACUGGAAAGUGUCCCUGCUAUUAAAGAUUAAACACUUAUUAUGAACUGCCUUAUGUAUUAAGACGUGUAUACACUAUUGACAGCACAAUCACUCUCUUUGGACGCCAUUUUAUAUAUAUAUAUAUAUAUACAUAUAAUACUUUGACAUAGAGGAAGAGGGCAUUCAUUCAGUGGACAUUAUGGAUAAUAUAAGAUUCUAAUAUCUGGAUCAUAAAUACUGUGUUUGCCCUAUUGAGUUGAUACUGUAUUUAUAUUAUGUUUUUAUUUCAUCACAAGAAGUCAAAAGACCAUCAUAUGACGUGGGUGUAUGUGUGUGUGUGUGCGCGUGUGUGCGUUUGCUUGUCGUGUGUUUGCAUGUGGCUCUGUCCCUGUGUGUGCGUGUACACCUCUGUUUGCAUGUAUCCAUCUAUGUGUGUGUGUGUGUGUGUGUGAAUGUGUGAUUGUUUGGUUUUGUGUCUGUGUGUUUGUGUGUGUGCGUGUGAUUUGUGCGUGCAUGUGCUUUUGUAUCUGUGUAUGUGUUUGUGUGCGUAUGUGGCCUUUGCGUCUUUAUGUGUGUGUGUAAGAGUGUGUGUGUGCCCGAGUGUGUCACUAUUUCUGUUAAUUCCUCGUGUUAGGACUUUCUCAGUCUCACCAUAAGAGCGUAAACCGGCAGCCAGCUGAAUUAAUACCAGUCUCUACUUGGUUGCUUCUCUUCCCACUCAGACAGAUUAACAAAGUUCACUAAUUGUGUUUUCAAGGUCACACAGCACCAGGUAUGUCUUUUACACACAAAACUGUGAUUCUCCUCGGAUAUUCGUAAAAGUACCACGUAUUGUCCCAUAGUUUGCUGAGCAGAGCCGUAUUGAGUGAAUCGGCCACAUGGGCAGAACAGAGUUCGGAUGAAUGUAUCUCUUUUCGCCACAUUAAUUCACAUAACUACUUUCCACUCGAUGCUUUCAUCGUGGUGCGCGGCUCGCCUCCAGUAAUGAUGUCAACCUCAUUCUUUUGUACAGAUUUGUAGGAUUGGAGCAUGGCACGUCGGUUAGGACAAAAGGGUGUUAUUUUAGAUUUUAUUUGUAUUUGCUGGCUGUGUCAAUCACCCUGUGUUCCUUAUGCUGUCCGAUGGAUUCUGUAGCCACACAACCUGUAGACAGGUUGUGUGACUUACAGACAUCUGUAAGUCAGCAUUCUUUCUCGCCUAGCUUAGCUAGUGUUAGCUUAGCCAGCAUUAGCUUAGAUAGCAUGAUGUUAGCUAGUGUUAGCUUAGCUUGCCUUAGUUUAGCUAGUAUUAUCUUAUCCAGCAAUAGCUCGGCCAGCAUUAGCUUAGCUAGCCAGAGCUUAGCCAGUUUUAGCUAAGCUAGGCUUAGUCUGGCUAGCGUUAGCUUGGCCAGCCAUAGCUUAGCUAUUGUGAGCUUAGCCAUUCUCUUAGCUAGCCUUAGUUAAGCUAUCUUAAACCUAGCCAGCAUUGGCCUAGCCAGAGUGAGUUUAGCUAGUGUGAGCGUAGCCAGGGUGAGUUAAGCCAGCAUUAGCUUAGCUAGUGUGAGUUUAGCCAUUGUAAAUUUAGCUGGGUAAAAUUUAGCUAGCAUUAGCUUAGCCAGCAUUUGCUUAGCCAGUGUUAGCUAAACCAGUCUUAGGUCAUUCAGCGUUCGCUUAGCCAGUGUUAGCUAAGCAGUAAACGUUCAUGACCCUUGUUCUCUCAUGUCCCCCAUGUUCAACUGAUCAACGAUGAUGUCAUCCCCUGACGCCCCCCCUUCUCUAUGAUGUACUUCCUGUAUGACGUACUUCCUGUAGGACGCUGUUGUUUUCUAAAGAAAAAGUGAAACAAUUUACUUUGCUGACGUAGAUGCCAUUAGUUGUCUAUUUUGAUGGACGGAAAUUGUCUCCUACAGUUCUUAUGUUUAGGUUUGUUUGUUUGUUAAUUUAUUUAUUUAUUUGUUUGUUUGUUUAUGUUUACAAUACAGCUCAACGUGUUACAAACAGAA